CGAGUUGAGACGUCACCCGGGGCCCGACUUCCCUGGGUGUUUAAUUCUGGCCAAUGGUUUUUUAAAUUGAGAGCCUGGUUUGUGUCGGGCACUGAGUAUACUGAGCAUUGGAGAAACAGGUGAAUGAAGCCAGGACAAGUCCAUCCGUGUGUAUCGACCGCUAGCCCUUCCUCUGGUUUCGGCUGGCGGGUCGUCUGUUCCUAACGUGUAUAUUUCUGGAGACCCCGAGAUGUGAAGGUCUGCAGGGACUGUGCUCUCCCAGAGACCCUUUAGAAUGCGAAUCCCUUGGCUUAGGCAACGUGUCCCGUUCCUCUAAACCCUUUCCCCGACCAUAUAAGGAGAGGCAGCUGCUGGGGGCGUCCCCAGGAUCUAAAGAUAGCAGCCCCUACCUCGGACUCCAAACGCCGCAGGGCAGCGGGAGCAGCCAUGGCACGGCAGCAUGCCCGGACCCUGUGGUACGACAGGCCCAAGUAUGUGUUCAUGGAGUUUUGUGUUGAGGACAGCACGGAUGUUCACGUGCUCAUCGAAGACCACCGCAUUGUGUUCAGCUGCAAGAAUCCUGAUGGAGUGGAGUUUUACAAUGAGAUUGAGUUCUAUGCCAAGGUGAACUGCAAGGACUCCCGGGAUAAGCGCUCUGGCCGCUCCAUUACUUGCUUUGUGAGGAAAUGGAAGGAGAAGGUGGCCUGGCCCAGGCUCACCAAGGAGGAUAUCAAGCCAGUGUGGUUGUCUGUGGACUUUGAUAACUGGAGAGACUGGGAAGGGGAUGAAGAAGUGGAGCUGGCUCAGGUGGAGCAUUAUGCAGAGCUUUUGAAAAAGGUCAGCACCAAGGGACCACCCCCUGCAAUGGAUGAUCUGGAUGAUGAUUCUGACAGUGCCGAUGCAACAAGUAAUUAACUUUCUGUGACAGCAGAGCUGAAGAGGAAGCUGUGGCUAUCGUCUAGUCACUCUAACAAGCCAGGACUUGCAUAUCUGUCAGCUCCUUGAUGGUGUACCAGCGUCCUCUGAGAUCUCUGAACUUUCCUAGAAGCUUUUUAUUAAGGGUCUUCCAUCAUGUUUUUUUUUUUUUAAUUUCUUCCAUUGCUUUCAUUUUAUUUAUUAUUAUUAUUUGCCGUGCUAUGCAGCAUGUAGGGUCCUAGUUCCUUGACCAGAAAUUGAACCUGCACCCCCUGCACUGGAAGUGCAGAGUCUUAACCACUGGGCUGCCAGGGAAUUCCCUCCUUCAUGUUUUAUUUUUUUUUUCUUAGGCACUUGAUAUGGCUGCUGUAUCAGAUGGCAGGAUAGGAGAGGAGCAGACAGAUGGGGCCUUUGACUUCCUACGGAUUGGCCAUAAUCUUUGUAUUUGUACUCAUCAAGGCUUCCUUGAGUAUUUGAGCCUGUGUGUGUGUAUGUCUUAAAGUAAAACCCACAGAAACAACAUAUAGAUUAUAAUAAAUCUCUAGGAACUGUU